UGGUGGCACUUCAUGCCUGGCUUUGCCCCCCUGACCAGCCACAGCAGCCAGCAGUACCACACCCUGACAGAUCUUGAGCUCACCCAGCAGAUGUUUGAUGCCAAGAACAUGAUGGCUGCCUAUAGCCCCCGCCUCAGCUGCUACCUAAUAGUGGCUGCAGGGUUCAGGGGCUGCAUGUCCACGAAAGAGGUGGAUGAACACAUGCUUAAUGUCCAAAACAAGAACAGCAGCUAUUUUGUUGAGUGGAUCCCCAACAAUGUGGAGAGAGCUGUUUGUGACAUCCCACCCCAUGAUCUGAAAAUGUCUGCCACCUUCAUUGGCAACAGCACAGCCAUCCAGGAGCUGUUCAAGCACAUCUCAGAGCAGUUCACGGCCAUGUUCUGGCGCAAGGCCUUCCUGCACUGGCAUAUGGGGGAGGGCAUGGAUGAGAGGGAGCUCACUGAGGCUGAGAGCAGCAUGAAGGAGCUGGUGUCCGAGUACCAGCAGGACCAGGAUGCCACCGCUGAGGAGGAGGAGGCUGAGGAGGAGGUGGCCUAGAGCUGUUAGCUGGUGAAGUGUGGAAGUGGUAUGAACUCUGCAUUCACUCACAGCCUGCUCUGAUAGCCCUGCCUCACUGUGUGCACUGCUGGCUCUGUCUUGACAUCAC